CCACCCACCCCACCACCCAUCGCCCACUGCAACGGUCAACAGGAAAAACACUUCAGUCCCAACCGACCAACAACCAUCCCACCACCAACCUCAUCUCCCCUAACAUCCCUCAUCCUACAUCCCACAUGGCUGGAACUACCAUCUCUCACUCCACCCCGGGGAAACAAAUGGAGUCGAAUCCCAGAAAGAAACGAUCAUCCAACAACCUAUCCAAUACCAAACCAGUGAAAUCAAACACCGGAAGGUGGAAGAACAGGCCAAUCAGACCUCAGUUUAAGCUAAAUCCGGAAGAGCGAAAGCAGGUCCAUGACCUUUUGAAAAAAUUCAGCGGCCCCAAGAUUUUUACAUUGCCACUCGAUUUACCACCCUGGUCACCGCCAUCAAAACUCGAAGAUAUCAAUCCGGACUUGAUCAUCUUUCGCGAUUAUGGCUCGAGUCUUGACGACUGGGAUCGUUCAGAACUCAAGGAGGAACAAGCCAGGCAUCCAACUGAGUCAAACAAUCAGAACGAGUGCAAACAACCUUCUGGACCAGUUCACAACUCGAACCGAUCAUCCGCCAACUCCCACGCAAUAACCAUAACCGGCAUCAACACAGCUAUUGCCAGCUCUUCCUCAACCUCUCCUGAAACAUUCAGCUCUCCGUCUGACCAACCAUCCAAACUCACCAACGGAAGGAAUGAUCAUCCCGAACCGAGAUACGAAUCAGCUCGUAAUGCUAAAAUUCCAUUUGAACCACAGCCUGAUCGAUCAGCGGUCUCAAUUAAGGGCAAAGAGAAGGGUAACCCAGAGAUUGAUUGGACCGGAUGGGAGGUCCAGAACUACAACAGCAAUGAACUCGAGAGAAUGCGAUCCCGGUAUGCGGAUCGAGCCAGAGAAUUCAAGAGAUUAUCUGAUGUUCAACGACAGCAGAUAUCCCAAGCCCGGGCAGCCCUGUCUGACCCUAGGGCGCCGAUCCCAGAAGAAGCGGAGGUGAUGAGCGACUUAGCGGCCGUUGGAUGUGUGGACUCGCUCCUGCUCUUCACACAAUCUUUCCUGACUACCGAGCUCACGAGACCCACCAUGACUCGGGCUGAUCAGUGUUCUCAGUGGAGUAGCAUGAUCGGAUUCUUGGAGGUCGCUAAAUCGACGACUCGCCGGUCGGGCAUCCAACUUACACAUGCCAUCUGUUUAAUGUACGAAAGCUUGCUUCUCGACCGACUGGUCGAAGCUGACAGGCCGAUCUUACUACAAACGUACUCCCACGAAACAGACACGGAGAAACUACUGGAAGGGUUCAAGAAACUGAAGCGUAUCAUGAACUACCAGGAAAUGUCCAAGGCAUCCUGGCUCUCGGCCGAGAAGAUGUUUGAUCGGAUUCUCUCUUCUUCAUCCUCGCCCGCAUCGACAAACUCAGCAGAGUCAGAUAGGAAUUACAGAACGAUCGGCUUGCCCAAGUUGAAAGCCUUGCUCCAGCAUAUGCGCAUCCGCGAGCGCAAUAGCACCCCUAGACUCUUGAGCGUCGAUCGCCCCUACAGGUUUUGUUGGCCGCCAGACAAAACUAACCUCGACUCUAUGGCCGACUUCGUCGUAUUCUCGAGAUGCGCUCUCGACGAGUUCCUAGAAGCUAAUCAGACUAGAAUCCGCUUCAAGCUCGCCAGAUUCGACGACCACCACAUCCUAUUUCCCAAUCCACAUCCUAAACCUCACCCCUGACACAAAAUUUGUGUCCAUCUCGACUCUCAAUUCUUUUUUCAAUUCAGCUAAUUUAUCGUUUAGUUCAUCUUCUCCUUCUUGCCAUCAAUUAAUGUAACAUCAAAUGUAAAAAAACCAUCAUCUCAAUGGGCCGCUCCAAAAAAAGUAAAAUUCUGGCGGGCCUCGACAGUCAUUUUAUCCCCAUAUCACAUCAUCACUUGUAGCUAUACACAUUAUUUCUUCCGCUUCUCAUGACUAUUAUUAUCAUAUGUUUCGGUGUUGUCCUCUCUUUCCAUAUCCUUGUAUCAAUAUAAAAUUUGAACGAAAUGAAUAAAUAUGUAUCCAUCCAUUCAUACUCCACACUUUUGUUGUUUGUUUCUUAUGUGAGGAAUCUGCUUGUCUGCUUGAAAGACUUGAGGGAAAAAA